AUGCCUCCUGAUAUGAACACCCGAGAACCAUCGCAACCUCCUGGAACUGUUCCACUAGAAGACCUCCAGCGAAGUGUUUCAGGGGAUGCCAUUAUUCUGCAACCUACACCAUCACGGAACCCAAAUGAUCCUUUGAACUGGAAACCAUGGGAGAAAUAUCUAAACUAUGGCCUGGUCCUACUUUACUCCUUACUGAUGUUUGCUGUUAUUGGGGCUGCAACGCCGACAUGGGCACCAAUGAAUGAACAGCUGGGGUUUAGCUAUGAAAUACUAAACGAUAGCUACGCAACCGGCUCAGCCACUCUAUGUAUUGGAGCCCUGAUUUUCAUCCCAGUUGCUCUCAAGUUUGGCCGACGCCCUAUUUAUCUUCUCAGCGCGCUUUUGCAGGUUGCCAUAUGUAUUUGGUUUGCAAAAGCACAAACAAUUGCGGACCUCAUGCUCGUGAAUGGCCUUUCAUGCCUUCUUGGGGCACUGGCCGAAGUGAUCGUUCAAAUGACAGUAGCUGAUAUGUUUUUCGUUCACCAAAGAGGCCAGAUGAAUUCCCUCUAUAUAUGGGUUAUGAUCAUCGGUUCUGCCCUCGCGCCUCUGGUAGCAGGAUACAUCACUGACUCACAGGGGUGGCGAUGGGUAUGGUGGUGGAUGGCGAUUCUGUUCGGAGUUUGCUUUGUGUUGUUCCUCUUUUUGUACGAAGAGACCAAAUUUUUUGACUGCAUUGAUGGGUUAUCUCCGAGCAACACAACCGAGGAAAUAGAUUCUACUGCCCAACAGAAACAAGAAACGGGAAAGGAUGACUACGAGAAUGAUCAUGAUAUUGAGUUGGCCAAAGUACAACCCACAACAAAUCAUACAUGCAGGCCUGACAUUGACCUUUCUAUCCUUCGCACACCUUACGUGCGGCGUCUCGCUCUGUGGUCUAUUACUCCAGGUUCGCUGGGCUUCUUCACUCGGCAUAUAUAUCAACCCUUGGUUGUUACCGUUGCGUUUCCUGCGGUUUUUUACGUUGCAGUUCUUUACGGCGUCAUAACUGCUACAUGGCAGGUUAUGAUUACCGUGAUCGCUUCUGUCAUGCCGGAAGCGCCAUAUAACUUUACUGCAUCACAGAUCGGUCUUAUGUCCUUGGCUCCACUCAUCGGAACAACACUGGGAAGCUUGAUCACAGGGCCGCUGAGCGAUCGACUGAUUCUCUUAUUAGCAAAGAGGAACGGUGGCCUGUUUGAGCCCGAAAUGCGUCUCUGGAUUGUGUUGGCAUUUGCGCCACUCGUCCCAGCUGGCAUCCUUCUCUUCGGAUAUAGCCUUGGCAAUGGCGAUAGAUGGAUUAUUGUUGCAGCUGGAUACGCUAUCUUUGGGCUCGCCAUGGCGCCUGUGAGCAGCGCUUCCUUGACGUAUCUGACAGAUGCAUACACGAACAUUGUGGCAGAUUCCCUUGUUGGCGUGACGUUUGUUAGAAACCUCCUCGCGACAAUAUUUGUUUUUGCGAUCACACCUUGGGAAACAGCUGUCGGCUUACAGAGUGUGUUCUUGACACUUGCAGUGUACAUGAUCACGAUAUUAGGCCCUGGUACACUGGUCUUCAUGUAUUUCGGUAAGCAGCUGAGAGCGAAGACCGCAGAAAGAUAUCACAGCUAUUCAUGA